AUGUGCCCACUGCGAAAGGAUCAGAAAUCUCAACGUAAAGAAGAUGUUGCGACCAACUGUUACGACCCGUCAGAUGCACUUAACAGACCCACUGGGUCGGGCGGCUACGACAGGACAUAUAACGACCUCUACGAACCAGUGCAUGCAAAAGAGAAUAGUGGAUGGUACCCUCAAAACCCAGCAGGACGAUCGGGAUACGACACCACCAACAUACCCAAGGCCAUUGCUGUGAUAGACCGAUACACCGGUGGACCGGAUUACACUAAGCAGCGACAAGAGCCACUCGACGACUGGGAACAAGCGAAGAAGGCCGCGGAACUCAACAACGCCUUCCAAGAUGGUAGCAUUGUGUACCAACCGGGACUCUUAUGGGACAUCCCACGCCUCGCCAACUAUCGACAGACGAAUAAAGUAAACACCCCGGAAAGUCUCUCAGAAGAAGAAGCCAGGAAACUCGAAGAAGAAAACGAGACAGCCAUCAAACGGAUACAAGACGCCAUCAACUACACGAUGCAAAUUCGAAACAACAGCGAAGUUGGAGACACCCUCCAACACAUGCGGAAAACCCGAGACCGCCGCAUCGCACUACGCGGAAACACCCGAGGACAGUAUCAACUCAAGUACAAAGCAACCCAAUUUGUCUACCGACCCCAAAACGAUGGAAAGACGGAACGAACCCUCGCGGUAGCCAGCAAAUACGCCCGCAAAGCCACCGAGCAAUUGGAUGAAAUGCUGAGACAACAACAAUUCAGGGACGCCAGCACCCAGACCCGAGUAUACCAAGCAAAGGACAACCUAAGCCAACGAUGGAGCUCACCAUAUACCACGGUAGCCAGCGACUCGACCUUUGAAUUGCCACAAAGAACCCGCGCUACUCCUCAACCCAUCUCGGAAUGGGCUGAAGACGUCGCAGACGGACCACCCUCGGCGGAAGUACGUCCACAAGGAACGUCGAUAGACGAUACCGACCCGGAAGACGCAGAAGAAGAACACCAUCUCGACAGAAUGGAAAAAAUUAAGGAAGUACUAGAAUACAAAUACAUCGACCCCCAAGACGACUGCCAACAGAUCGCCUUCCAUGCAGAAGAAUAUCAUAACAAAAUCCCUACAACAAUCACACAAACCCGGGAUGAAGAAAUAUUCUUGGAAGACGAUCCCAGGAUUACGACACAGCACAGAGAACACAAGGAGAUAGCAUGGAUCUACUGCAUCUUCGAUCACUGCGCCUACCAUCUCUUAAAGAAAGCAGAAAACGAACUAUACCCCAAAAGAAAAGAAGAACUGCGAAUCCGCAGAGCCCAUGAGGAACAAGAACUCUCAUAUUGGGAAGUACGGGGAGAACCCGGAGAAUGGAAAACCAACAACAAUGGAAUAGCAUUCCUACGACCCAGCGUCGAAUACCCUCAGAAGUGUGUGAACCACUUCACGGGAGUCUGGUGGAAUUGCAGGGAAGACCUAUGCAAACUCCACUACAUUCCAAAAAGCGAAAGUUGGAGAUUCCGACAACAAGAACUAGACAAGCAAGGACAGGACGGCGAGACGCCCAGCCCACCUCGUCUAGGAAUCAGAGAAAGUAACCUCGGCAGAGACCGAAAGAAGGGCGAGAAGGCCCUCUACUCAAAAAACUAG